AUGAUGGGUGAUAAGAAGCGGUUUCCUUCCCGAUAUGAUUUCAGUGAUUCCGAUACAUCUGACGACGAAAUUACGCCGCCGUCUAUUGCCGUCAAAUCGCCUGCGAAGCACAUUGCUCCGGAAUCAUCGAACAUGUCGAUGAGUAGGAAGAAGCGUAAGGCUACACAGGCAAAUUAUUUGGGUCUAAGUCCAAAGAUGAUCUGGAGUGAAAGUGACGAGCUAAGCAUACUAAAGGGCAUUGUUGACUACCGGAACGAGACAGGAAUGGACUACAUUUCUGAUUCUGGUGCAUUUUUCGAUUAUCUCAAAGAUGAGGUUCAGGCAGGGACAAACGGUGAACCCAGUGGAUCAGGGAAAGACGACUCCUGUGACGUCAAAUUUCCUUAUGAAAAAGUUGACAAGUGUGUGGAGAACGAGGCUGGUGAAAAGGAGAGUGAGGAAGAUGAAGCACUGACAAACGGCAAUCCUGAGGAGAAUGAUGACGACAAACUGCCUAGUGACAAUGUUGACAAACACAUGGACAACGAAACUGGCGGGAAGGGGAAUGAAGAAGAUGGUGCUGAAGAUGAGGUGUGUGCUCUAAAGGACGCACUUGAGACGACAAUGUUUCAGCAUUCAAGUAGGUAUGCAGAGAAAAUGAUGCUUCAGAAGUUGAGGACCCUUGGGAGUAAGGAAAGGAAAGAGCUGAGCGAUGAAUGGAAGGCAUUGCUUGUUCAAGAGUUGCAAUUGAAGAGCAAGAAACAAAGUUUCGCCGGCAAACUCGCAAAUGCAGCAUUGGAAUGA